GGGUGGAGGACCUGAGGAUAAUUGGUCUGACUUUGAAAGACAGAUGUAAAGAACCUCAACCUUUUCCUUAUCCACAGUGGUCAUGUUCCCCUGAAGAUUCUCCUUAGCCCUCCUCUUCUUGUUAACAUAUUUGUGAGAAGGUUUUGUUCGUUCUCUUUUCCUACAGUGGCCAGGUUGAGUUCAUGUUGGGUUUUCGUGUUUCUGAUUUUCUCCCUGCAUGGUCCUGACCACUUCUAUGUGCUCGCCCUGAGUUGCCAGUCCCUUCUUCUACAGGAAGCAAACUCUUCUUCUCGCCUGGAGCCUCAGCAAAAGUUCCCUGUCCUUCUCUGUCGGCUCAUUUUACAGCAUAGAGGGACAGCCUGCUCUUGUGCCCCUAAGACUGUGGAAUACAAGAAAACCUGUUCCGAGCAGCAGCUGUGGAGCAAGAUAAACAGCAUGAGAACCAAGGACACCUCUAGAAGAAGAAAGAACGUCUCACGGCUCUGACUGGAUAAGUGCCUGCAGGAACGGUUGAAGAGUGCUUUGUAGAAUGCUCUGUCAAUGUGGAGGGGUGGAUGGGAAAGCUAGAAGAAGAAAACCUGUAGGUUUGCCAAGGUAUGUAAGUGAUGUGAGAACUUGUAAUAAACGACUUGGACCAUUCACAUCUGAGUGCGUGCAUCAGAUGCUGCAUAAGACUUCCUUCUCGAGGAGCGACCAGCCUCCCUGGACCGCCUCGCUCUUCAGGGCUGAAUCCCAAGGGACCCUCCCUACCAGUAUCCUGAGUAAUUCAAAGCCUGCUCUCCAGAAGCCCAGGGCAGCACUUUUGCUGCCCCCCCCCCUCCUGACUUCACCAAGAAAAGAAAACUCUACCAUCUGGUGGUCACUCCGCCCUAGACAGCUCCCGACCUCCACAUCUCACACCAGUCCUCCGCUGUCUGUCAACAGCAGCUCUAGCGGGGCACCUUCCUGGUGGGCUCUCUUACCAGCUGCGUCAGGAGGCACACAUCUUCCACGCACUCUAGAAACCUCCUAGACUGCUGCUUCGGCACUGUACUGUAUCUCCAGCACGUAUCAGGGAAGUUGAAGUCCCCCAUGAGAACAAAGGCUGGCGAUUGCACGAUUUCUGCCAGCUGCUCGUCGAACACCUCACCUGUUUCUCCAUUCUGGUUAGGCGGUCUGCAGGAGCCCCCCACCAGGAUGGCAACAGUGUUGGCCCCCCCCGAUCUUUACACACAGGGACUCAACCUGAUCAUUCCCAGCCCCAAGCUCAACAACACUGAAACACUCUCUAACUUUGAGAGCCAUGCCACAACCCCUCCUUCCUUGCCUAUCCCCUCCAAAGAGCUUAUAGCCCUCCCUUGUAGCAAAACACACGUGGGAGUGAUGGCAUAAGUCAUAGUUUGCCUGCUGCACAAUGGCUUCCAGCUCCUCCUGCUUCUAGCACUUGCUGUGUGCGUUGCCGCAGAUGCACUUCAGCCGAGACAUUGCUGACACCCACAGCUCCUGCGUUCUUCCUCUUCAUACCCAAUUUCAAGCUCUCAAGCUAGCAUAACGUACUCUCAGCACCGGUGAUGACAUGCCCACAGUAGUGUGUUCAGUUCUGGGCUUCCAACUACAAGAGAGACAUGGAGGCCCUGCGGUGUGUCAGGGCAACGGGGCAGGAAGGGGUCUGGAGCAAAGGUGCCAUGAGGAGCGGCGGAGUGAACUGGGGUUGCUCAGUGGAGAGGAGGCUCAGGGGAGGCCUCACCACUCCGUACAACUCUCUGGAAGGAGGCUGUAGAGAGGGGGGGGUCAGCCUCUUCUUCCAGGUAACAGCGAUGGGACGAGGGGGAACGGCCUCCAGUUGCACCGGGGGAUCCCCGUUGGACCUUAGGAAGAACAUCUUUGCUGAAAGAGCGGUCGGGCACUGGCACAGCUGCCCGGGGAGCUGGGGGAGUCAGCGUCCGCGGAGGCGUCCCAGAACCGUGGGGAUGUGGCACUGAGGGACGUGGGCAGGUGGGGGGUGGGACUUGGUCAUCGUAGAGCUCUUGGCCAACCGUAGGGAUUCUGUGAUCCUGUGGAUCGAGUCAUUUAUUGUAACGAGAGGUGAUGAGCAGCAAACAGCCAAAAAGUCAUGGAAACACGCAAACACUUGACUGGGAUACUGAUGGAGCCACAGGCCCGGCAGCACUCAGGUGGGGCCGGGAGGGUGGACGUGUCGCCCAGUGCCGUCAGCAGCACCAACACGCCGGGCUCCAGCGGGGCUGCGUCCGGCACCGGGCCCCUCGCCCUGCGCUGGCUGCAAGAGCCGCCGCCCUCCUGCCUGGGUGCCCUCAGCCCCUGUGAGGUGUGAUGGCAUCACAGAGGGUGGCACGGAACGGCCAUUGUGACACGCGGGGUGCGGAACAGAGCUGAGGCUGCGGGGCUCAGGCCGAGCUCAGUGCGACCUGGUGAGGUUGACACGCGGAGGACGAAGCCCAGAACUGCUGGGACAGAGACUCUGCAAGUGGUUGCUGUCACCGCGCAUGGUGUGCGCAGGGACACAGGAGGCCGCCGGCUCGAUGGAGCCAGCAUGCGUGCUGUGUGGCCGAGUGGAUGAGCAUUCGAGCAUCCUUGGGCACAAAGUACAGAUCGGUGGAUUCUAUUUCCAUACUUUCUGUGCGCUAUUUGCCAAUGGUCUUUAUCAACGUGUGGAAGGCAGUAUAAAGACAGGUUUUCGCACAGAAGAUCUGGUACGCACCAUGAAGCAGGCAGAGCAGACGCUCUGCUUCGUUUGUGGCAAUCUGGGGGCCAGCAUCACCUGCGCAGAUCCGGGCUGUGACCGCAGCUUCCAUCUCCCCUGCGCCUCGGAGGGUGAAUGCGUCACCAAGCACACUGCAGAGUUCAGGGCCUUCUGCUGGGAGCACCGCCCACACCAGGCAGUGGAGGCAGCACCUGUGCAGGACACGACCUGCAUCGUCUGCAUGGAGCCCGUGGGUGACAGCAGGUCAUACAGCACCAUGGUGUGCCCAGCCUGCCGACACGCCUGGUUCCACCGGGCCUGCAUCCAGGAACAGGCUCUGCGCGCAGGGAUUUUUUGCUUCCAGUGCCCCCUCUGCAGAGACCGGGUCAAGUUUAUUAAAGACAUGGUCUUUAUGGGGAUCCGAAUCCCAUUCAGAAGACCAACAUGGGAGGACGACAACACCUACGCAUCUCUACUGGAGAGGCACAGGAGAUGCGAUGCCAGCGACUGCCGUUACCCACGCGGCAGGGAGCGGGCAGAGGGAGAGGGGCCCUGGCAGCUGCUCCUCUGCAGCUCCUGUGCUGCGCAAGGCACUCAUCGGCGCUGCUCCAACUUGAGUCAGAGCACAGCCAGCUGGGAGUGCAACGCCUGUGCCGGAGAGGGCAUCGCCUCCAGCAGCAACUCAGAUCUUGCUGAAUACAGCACCGUCAGCCAGCAGGAAAUGGAGCCAUCCCAAGGCUCUGCGACACCAGAGAGGAGCAGCUCCAGCACCACCAGCCAGGCGCCAUUGGGGCCAGCUGACUGUUCCCGCGUGCCUGAGAGCGGCGGCCUGUCCAGGCAGCGCAGGACAGACUGGAGGA